CGACUUGCAAACCGAAUUCAUUCAAACAGCCUCCCAGAUUUCAACGUUGACCUUGACGAGAGACAGUGAGACCUCAUCCGCCCGUUUUGAAAGGAAUACAUACCCCGACCUUCAAAGGAGUCCAACAAUGGCGUCGACAAAACUCAACGACUUGGCCACCACCUUCCAAAAUCUUCACCGCCCAGGCAAACCGGUGAUUCUGGCCAACGUUUACGACGGAGCGUCCGCUUCGGCGGUCGCGCCACUCGAGUCGUGUUCGGCCGUGGCCACGGCCUCCUACGCCGUCGCCAAGGCCGCCGGGGUCGAGGACGACGAUUUGACGCUCGACCAAAACCUGGCCGCCGUCCGGGUCGUGGCCAAGGUGGUGGCGCGACACGGCAACAAACCGUUGACGGCGGACUUCCAGGACGGGUACGGAGAUAGAUUGGUCGAAGCCGUCACUUCAAUCGUCGAGGCCGGCGUGGUGGGGAUCAACAUUGAAGAUUGUGACAAGGAAACGCAGCGGAUGAUGCCCGCUGAUGUCGCCGCGGGACGCGUGUCGCUGGUCAUGAAAACGGCCAGAGACCUCGGCGUCCCCAAUUUUGUCGUCAACGCCCGUUGCGACACCCUGGUCCGCGGCGGGGAGAUGGACGAGGUCAUCGCCAGGGGGGAGAAAUAUCUCGAGGCCGGAGCCACCACGGUCUUUGUCUGGGGAGGCAGCCGGCGUGGCGUGAGUCGAGCCGAGGUUGAGAGAAUGACCGAAGCAUUCGACGGUCGACUGAGCGUGUCCUACAAAUGGAGUCACGACGGAUUGAGCAUCAAGGAGUUGGCCGAGAUUGGUGUGGCGAGAAUCAGUGUCGGCCCGAGGAUUCAAAUGUUCGCCAUGGAAGAGGUUGCAAAGAGGGCCGAAGAGUUGUUGAAGCAGGGGGAUGUUUAGUUUUGGUUUUUGGUGGUUGAUUCGAAAUCUCGAUUUGCACACAGAGACUUGCACAAACACCUACAUACAGACGUACGAAUAGUCUUGGGUAUUGC